AUGUACUGUGAAUAUUUAAUUUUAGAAAGAAUGAUGAUCUGUGAACAUUGUGAAAGAGAAUUCACACGGAUAAGUCACCUUAAAGAACAUAUUCGAGUUAAACAUGAAGGCAAACUUUUCGAGUGUGAAACGUGUCACAAACAACUGAAAACAUAUAAAGGACUACAGAUACACAGAAAACUUCAUGAAGGUUUAUAUUUCAAUUGUGAUCAGUGCGAUGAGUCAUUCGUUCGGAAGUGGAAUCUUCAAGAACAUAAAAAGGAAGUUCAUGAAGGUCGAAAAUUCGAAUGUCCUGAAUGUGACAAGAAAUAUGCUACUAAAAAUUUUCUCAAUCAACACGUGCAGGUGAAGCACAGAGGUAUACAUUUUGUGUGCAGCAUCUGCGAUAAAAAGUAUGCCACAAAGUACCGAUUAAACAGACAUGUUAAAAUGUGUAAAAAAAUAGCAGAAAUGAACAAACGGAAGCAGACCGGUAAACGACAAUUAGUCUUCUCCUCAACAUCCAAACACCAUUUCACCUGGUCAGUGUGAUUAUUUUGUAUUCUUCUACAGCCAUGCCAAUAGAGUGUACAGACGAUUCAGGCAGUAUAGAGCGGACUGACUGAUUGACUGGCUGGCUGGUUGGCUGAAUGACUCUAUAACUCUGCAUAGUCAGAUUUUGUCCUACAAGAUUUGUACAUGCAUAUUUUUGUAAUAUUUUUGUAUUAAAUAACGAUGAGAGAGGUUGUAUGAGAAAUAAACUGUUAUCGAGAG